GUAGAGAGAAACAACUAACCCUGCCGCCUGAGCGGAAGUCUUCUACUCCACAGCUAGCUUUCGGUCGGUUGUCAGUGCCUUACUGUCUUUCCUUACUGGCUUGCGAGCGGUUGUGGGGGACGCUGAGCAGCUACCUGCCGUAAGACUUGGCCCUUGCUGCCGCAGGAACCUCGGUUGUACUAUUCUCUGGCUGCCCUGCUGAGAACUGACCAUGGCUUCCCACAAGACUUUCAGAAUCAAGAGGUUCCUUGCAAAGAAGCAGAAGCAAAAUCGUCCUAUUCCUCAGUGGAUUAGAAUGAAAACUGGCAAUAAGAUCAGGUACAACUCUAAGAGGAGACACUGGAGAAGAACCAAGCUGGGCUUAUAAAGAACUGCUACCGUGGUGGCUUAGAUUAUUCUUUCCUAGUCCAAAACGCCUUGCCAUGCCACCACCCUGAUUUUGGAAAUUCCAAAGGUUGCAGACAUAAAGAAACUUCUUAUUCAGAGA